AUGAAGAACAAGAACAAGUCGACCAAAUUCCCCGUCGCGCGGAUCAAGCGCAUCAUGCAGAAGGACGAGGAGGUUGGCAAGGUUGCCCAGGCCACUCCCGUUGUCAUAUGUAUGUCUUGUUCUGCUCCCCUCUUUACGCCGAAGGCAUUGGAACUGUUCCUGGCGAUGAUCGUGGAGGAGUCCAGCAACGUUACUGUCGAGCGCGGGUCGAAGCGCGUUGAGGCAUACCAUCUAAAGCACGCGAUCGAGACGGUGGACAUGCUCGACUUCCUCAAGGAGAUCGUCGAGGCCGUCCCGGACCCGUCUGCGGGGGGCACGAUCGACGUCGAGGCGGAGAACGCAGAGGCGCGGGCGAAGAAGCGCGGCAAG